CUCCACCGGCUCCGCCGCAGCGGGGGUGGGGGAGUGGGUGCAAUGCAAAGGGUGAAGGCGUGAAGAGCCCCUUCCACGCCAGCCGCUCCCGGGUGGCCCGUGGGCUUUUCUCCGCCCGCUCGCCAGGCAGGUGGGGACGGUGGGCCGGGCCUCGCCUCGCCCCCCCCCGAAGCCGGGCCUGCCUUUUGUGAACGAGCGACCCAGAAGAAGAAGACGACGACGACGAGGUGGCGGCGGCGGCGGCGGCGGUGCUGCUGCUGCCUCCGUUUCAAUGGAAGUAUGCUACCAGCUGCCGGUGCUGCCUUUGGACAGGCCGGUCCCGCAGCACGUCCUCAGCCGCCGAGGGGCCAUCAGCUUCAGCUCCAGUUCCGCGCUCUUCGGCUGCCCCAACCCCAGGCAGCUCUCCCAGAGACGUGGAGCAAUUUCCUAUGAUAGUUCGGAUCAAACUGCAUUGUACAUUCGUAUGCUAGGAGAUGUACGAGUAAGAAGUCGGGCAGGAUUUGAAACAGAGAGAAGAGGUUCUCAUCCAUACAUUGAUUUCCGUAUUUUUCACUCUAAUUCUGAAAUAGAAGUUUCUGUGUCUGCAAGAAAUAUCCGAAGGUUACUGAGUUUUCAGCGGUACUUGAGAUCUUCCCGUUUCUUCCGUGGUAUUACUCUUCCAAAUUCUUCAAACUUUUUAGAUGAUGAUUACAAUGGACAAGCUAAGUGUAUGUUAGAGAAAGUUGGGAACUGGAAUUUUGAUAUCUUCCUUUUCGACAGGCUAACAAAUGGAAACAGUUUAGUCACCUUAACCUUCCACCUGUUCAAUCUUCAUGGACUUAUAGAACACUUCCAGCUAGAUACAAUGAAGCUCCGCAGAUUUUUAGUGAUGGUUCAAGAAGAUUACCACAGUCACAAUCCAUAUCACAAUGCAGUUCAUGCUGCUGAUGUGACUCAGGCCAUGCACUGUUAUUUAAACGAACCCAAGCUUUCUCAGUCUCUAACUCCAUGGGACAUUCUGCUCAGUUUAAUAGCAGCUGCCACUCAUGAUUUGGAUCACCCAGGUGUUAAUCAGCCUUUUCUUAUUAAAACAAACCAUUAUUUAGCAAGUUUAUACAAGAAUACCUCAGUGUUAGAAAAUCACCACUGGAGAUCUGCAGUGGGAUUGUUGAGAGAAUCUGGAUUAUUUGCACAUAUGUCACUAGAAAACAGGCAGCUAAUGGAAAGCCAGAUAGGGGCAUUGAUCCUUGCCACUGAUAUUAGUCGGCAAAAUGAGUAUCUGUCCCUAUUUCGCACUCAUUUGGACAAGGAAGACUUAUGCUUAGAAGACGAGAAUCAUCGUCAUCUUGUUCUUCAGAUGGCUUUGAAAUGUGCUGAUAUUUGUAACCCCUGCCGGACCUGGGAACUGAGCAAGCAGUGGAGUGAGAAAGUAACAGAAGAAUUCUUUCAUCAAGGAGAUGUUGAGAAAAAAUACUGCUUGGGUGUUAGUCCACUGUGUGAUCGACAGACAGAAACCAUUGCCAACAUCCAGAUUGGUUUUAUGACCUAUUUGGUGGAGCCACUGUUUGGAGAAUGGGCCCGUUUCUCAAACACAAAGCUGUCUCAAACCAUGCUGGGUCAUUUGGGACUGAAUAAAGCUAGCUGGAAGGGUGUGCAGAGAGAGCAGUCCAAUGGUGGCGAUGACACUGAUCCUGCAUUUGAGGAAAUGGACUCUGAUGUAGUACCUCAGGAACAACGACUAUCCUGAUCCUAGGAUCUGCUUCACAAACUGCCUCUUGCCUGGUAUCUUUGGAACAGGGUUUGAGGAUACAUUUUGUCUGACUUGCCAAGGUUUCAGUGUAAACAAUGCCAGCAUUAUUUAUUUUGAAGAUUUUUCUUUGAUAGAUCGUUUGAACCCAGUUUUCGGUUGCAAGAUCUGAACAUAGCAAUAUGCGUAUGCCUUGGUUGGCUUCUGCAUGGAACCUUGAAUAUGCAAACCAGAGGAGUGAACGAACCUUAGUGGAGAAAAGUACAAGAUGCAUUGUUACGUGCCACAUUUUUUAAAAAUCUGUUUUUAGAGGAAAUUUGAAAUACAGCCUUCAGAGUUGUCACACGACAUGGAAAUUCUCUUGGAAUUUUGCAAGACUCUAUUCAGUCCUUGUCCAAAAUGUGGAAAUGUGAAGUGCCCAUACUUGGCCGCCUCGGGCAAGAGCUGAUGUUUACAAAUACACUUGGAAACUAUAGAUUCUAGACUAACCUUUAUGCAUGGCUGUGAAGGAACCACUACUUAAAAGAUCAAAUCUGAAACUGCAGCUCGUUUUCCUGUUACCAAGAGAGAAGUCUCCUGUAUAUCAAAAAUUUAGCUGUGCAUUGGGAACUGAACAUUUAACAUAGAGCACAGCCAAGCUUUACUCCAGUGCAAAAUGGGAAUGCGAUUAUAGCAGGCAGAAAUAUUGCAUUUGGGGAGGGGAGGUGGGAAGGGAUGGAAGAGAGGAAGCAUCCUAAAUGUGUUACGAUUCUGCAGUGGAAACAUUUGCAUGUUGUUUUCACCAUUGUACACUUGAACUGCACAUGCAAGAAAAAAGAGAGGUGGAAUGACUACGAACACCAGAAACAGCUCAGGGUAUUUGCCAAUCUGAAAUAAAGUGGGAUGGGAAAUGUGUCCUUCAGAAAAAGGGUACAGAUGCCCCUUUCACUGCAGCGUGUGUAUGUGUGUGUGUGCUUGCGUGCAUGUUAAGUGUGAGUGAAGAUUUGGGGGAAGAAGGGGAAGAUGGGACAGAUUUGAAAGGCAUUUUUUUAAUUUAUUCUUUUUAGAAUGUGACAUUUUCAUGAGCAGCCACAGGGGGGAAACUAACAGGUUGCUACAGCUGCCUUAAACUAUGCACAAAGCUAAGUGACCAAAUUUUGUUGAUUGAAAAAGUGCAUUGUUUACUUAUUCCUCCCUCUACUGAAACGUUACCCAUUAUGGGUUUUUUUGAUGUGAAAAGGAGAAAUGUUUUUAUGGACAAAUUUUAAGGACUAAUUUUUAAUCUUCAAGCAUUCCUUUUUUGUAAUUUGUUUUUAAACAUUGUUUUAAGUACUGUAAGCACAAUUGUAAUCUAUUUUGAGAAACUGGUGCUUUCUUUUUGUUCAUUUGUAUUUCCCUUGUUCUUACUGUAAAGACUGUUUAUUCCAUUCUGUUUACAGUUUGCAACAGCCAUUUUUGGGAGAGAGCUUCAGUGUAAAGCCAUUUGUUAAAGGCUUUGCCAUACUCAUUUUAAUGUGCCUGUUGCUGUUAACUUUUGAUUAAUA